GCAGCUGUGACUCAGGCAGGUCAGGGGCAAAGGUUCUCAUUUUGAUCAGUAAGAACGGUUUCAGCUGCUGUGUGUCCUCUCGUCGAAGCGGCUGGUAACACUGGGUCGUCCCCAUGGCGCUGAAGGCUGUUUCUUUAUUGCUACUGUGGGAAAUCACUUUGCUGAUCCACUGUGUCACGUCUUUGUGUAAUGUCACCUGCUCGACGGACUAUGAAGAGUCACUGAAUUGCUCCUGUUCAGGAAUAACCACACAUCCCGUCCUGCUGCAAGUCAGCUGCAGUUGCGAUGGAGACGAUGUUGUUAGCGGCAGCUGUGAAGUCAAACGGCCUCGGUCCUGGUGCGUGAUGAACCCGGAGGAUUUCUAUAUUGCCACAAGCGUCGGGACAGUGUGCACCGCGACUGCCAGUCACCAGGGGGGUCGAGAACAAACGCAGGAGACCCAGUCCUCCAGCUGGAAUCUGAGUGAAGUGGUGAAGCCUCAGCCUCCUUCCGACGUUCGAGUGACGAACACCGACGGACUCUACAACAUCUCAUGGGCCAACCCCAACCUGGACAGGACAUGUCUCCAGUACAGGCUGCGCAUCAGAGAGAGCAAACACCCGGCAAAGGCUCCGGUUCAUUCCCUUCUCGUGGACUCCCAGUACAUCCUGUACCACAGCAAACUCCAGCCGGGUGUCAACUACACGGUGGACGUUCAGGCCAAAAUGUGCCAUAGCUACUUCCUUCAGGGUCCGUGGAGCGAGUGGAGCGCUGCCGCGGACUGGAGGACGGAAGGAGCUCCUGUGGAGGAGGAAGGGAUGAAUGAAUAUCCCUGGUUGGCUCUCAUCCCCAUCGUUACUGUCUUCGGCAUCUUUUUGUGGUGUUUCAAGAAACACUUUUUGACCAAAGGCCUCAAGGUGGUGACGUUCAUCCCCAGAGCAAACGUGUUUUUCGAGCCUCUGUACCACGACCACGGAGGAAACUUCAAGGAGUGGGUGAAGCCUAUAUUCAGCGAGUACGACUACAUGAUGGACUCUCAUGUUCAGCUGAUGAACGAGAAGCACUACGACGUCCCUCAGCGGAGCGAGGAGAAGAAGAGCUUCAGAGAGGUCAACGAGGCCAGUAAUGGCGGCCACUUCCUCCACGUGCUGCAGCCUCAGAGCAACUUGCUGCCGCCCUUCCUCGGCGACGGCAGCUCGCAGAGCACCGGCCACUCCGCCGGACACGUCUCCAUCCACACGGUGACCCUGUCCGGAGAGGAGUACGAGGAGGAAGUCAUGUCGCAGAGCUCCGUGAACACCCUCGCCAGCUACCGAGAUGGAGAAAGCUUCGGGUCGUUUGAAGAGGUCGACAGCGAGCAUGCUGGGUACGAUUCAGAGGGACCUCAGCUGGAUGGGCAAAGCGCGAUUUCACCGGAGUAUGAAAACAAAAUAUCCAUCGAGUUAUCAGAGGUUGGAAAGAUAAACUUUCAGCCACGUGCUGAGUUCAACGAGCCGGAGAGGAUUUCCCUCGACUCCUUCACCUCCAACGAGCAGUCGGAGGACGGCUACCCUCGGGUGGACCUGGACACCAUCGACAGCGGCUUCGCAGAGUGCAGCAGCCCCGGGGCCUCGGACACAGCGGAGCACAUGGACUCCGACUUAUUUCAGGAGCAAAAAAACUCCAACUCAAACUACGUGAGGCAGUGGAUGAUAUGUAACAUUAUUCAGGAGGACGCCAGCAACUCAGACUGUGAACUGCGUGAAGCACAGUGAUGAUUGUCUUUCAUCACUGCAUUGCAUUCAGCUGCGUUUAUGCAGGACUGUGACUUCGAUGCAACACUUUUCCCUUUUCACAGACACAGUUUGGAGUUCUGUGGGUCGUGCAUUUAAAACAUGGACGUCGUUGUCGGUAUUUUCUUUUGUUUUAUAAUCGUUAUUUGUGUUUGAAUAUGGUUUGAAAAUGGUCUUUCCCUUCAUGUCUCUUGCGGUGAGUUUCUCAAAUGCUCAUUCAAUGCAUCAGUCCAUUAAUGGGUCGUAAAAAAAGCAAUGAGCAUCUGUAACUAUUUGCAUGGGACCCUCCGGACCUCUUAGACACUGCAACACAGGAUCAAAACUCUGCAUUCAAGCUUUGUGCAUAAUAUCUUUGUCACUCUGUCUCUGCUCUUCAUGUUCUCAGGCUUCUUCAUGCACCAAUGCGUGCUGCCUUAUCAAGAUGUCUGAUAGCGUUCCUGUCAAGGGCCAUUAUCUGUCAUCACUGCAACCACCCGUCCUGUUUUGUGCAAUGUCCCUCAUCUCUAAAAACAAUGAUUAUUU